AUGAGCACGGUUCUACUGUGUCAUUCGGAGUCACGAGAUCUGAGGCAUGCUAUUCGUUCUGAAGAGAACUUGGUCUACUACGAUUACAGCACCACCACGAUUGAAGAAAUCAAGGAGAAAAUCUGCAGUUUUUCGCCGUCUAAAAUCAAAAGUUUUGGUCUUCACAUCCAGAGCAAACGCCAUCGACUCACUCUUUGUGGGACCGCAAACACCGUUAGUUUUCUAGGUUUGGCAUGCUGA